GCGAGCGGCCUGGCGGGCGAUGUGGCGGCGGCGGCGGCGGGCGCGGGGUGGCGGCGGUGGGGGGGGUGGCGGCGGCGGCGGCGGGGGGGUGCGAUGGUGGCCGGCGGUGAUCCUGGUGCUGGCGUUGUCGCUGCCGGUGGCGCGACCCCGCGGGUUGUAUUCGGCCACUGAUCCUUUGGAACUGCUGGGGACCGGGGCGGAGGGGCGGCUGCUGGGCUCCCCCAGCGCCUGGGCCGUCGAGUUCUUCGCCUCCUGGUGCGGGCACUGCGUCCACUUCGCGCCCACAUGGCGGGCCCUGGCCCACGACAUCCGCGAGUGGAGGCCUGCGGUGAUGCUGGCGGCCAUUGACUGCGCCGACGAGGCCAACCAACAGGUGUGCGCCGAUUUUGGGAUAACCGGCUUCCCCACGCUGAAGUUCUUCAGAGCUUUUAGCAAGAAGGCAGAGGAUGGGAUAAGGAUUACCAAUCCCAGCGCCACCGUUGAGGACCUGCGCCAUGCCAUCAUCACCAACCUCGAGCAGAGCCAGGAUGCCUGGCCGCCUGCCUGUCCUCCGCUGGAGCCGGCGAGCGCGGAGGAGGUUCGCACCUUCUUCCAGAGGAACAAGGACCAGUACCUGGCGCUGAUCUUUGAGAAGAGCGACUCCUUCGUGGGCAGAGAGGUGGCGCUGGACAUGCUGCAGUAUGAGAAUGUGGCGGUGAGGAGGGUGCUGAGCAGCGAGGAGGAGCUCGUGGAGAAGUUUGGCGUCACCACCUUCCCCUCCGGUUACCUGCUCCUCCGCAAUGGCUCCUUCUCCCGCCUGCCUGUGCACAUAGAGGCGCGCUCGUUCUACACCUACUACCUGCGCACGCUCUCAGGUGUCACCCGCGGCUCCUACAAGCUGAAUGCAACCAUCAGCACUUCCAACGAGACCGCUGCGUCCCAGCCAAAGCGUGCCGACCGUUCCAAGGUGUACAUGGCCGACCUGGAGUCCACGCUGCACUACUCGCUGCGGGUGGAGGCUACCCGUGCCGCCGUGCUGUCUGGAGCCCAGCUGGCUGCUUUCAAGUGCUACGUGGCCAUGCUGGUGAAGUACUUCCCCGGGCGCCCCUGCGUGCAGACCUACCUGCGGUCCCUGGACGGCUGGCUGAAGAACUGGACGGAGCCCGAGCUGCCCCGCAGCACCUUGAAGGAGGCCAUGAAGAAUAACAGAGACGCCUCCCACCCCGCCGUGCUCCCCACCAAUGUGACCUGGGUGGGCUGCCAGGGCAGUGAACCCCACUUCCGCGGCUACCCCUGCGGGCUCUGGACCGUCUUCCAUCUGCUGACCGUUCAGGCUGCCCAGAACGGCCCCGACAAAGAGCUGCCGCUGGAGGUGCUGAACACCAUGCGCUGCUACGUCCGGCACUUCUUCGGCUGCCGGGAGUGCGCCCAGCACUUUGAGGCCAUGGCGGCCGAGUCCAUGGACCAGGUGGCGGGCCGGGAGGAGGCCGUCUUCUGGCUCUGGUCCCACCACAACGAGGUCAAUGCUCGCCUGGCAGGAGGUGACACAGAGGACCCCAAGUUCCCCAAGCUGCAGUGGCCUCCGCCGGACAUGUGUCCCCAGUGUCACAAGGAGGAGCGGGGGGUGCACGCCUGGGAUGAGCCGGCCGUGCUCACCUUCCUUAAGGCGUACUUUGCUCCGGCCAACAUCUACCCGGACUAUGCCGAGGCCGAUCCCAUCCCCAUGGCCGGGGAGGGGAUGGCUGCCAGAUCGGGCACUGAGAUCCCACGAGAGGACAGGGAGAAGGAGGAAGAGGAGGAAAAGGAGACGGAGGGUGAGGCGAGAGCUCCGGAACGACCGGGCUCCCCUGAGCCGCGGCGUCCCAGCAUUGUGCGUAUGAACCCCAAGCUGAGGGAGGUGGGCGAGGACAUCGUGGACCUGGACUCCUUCAGCGAGCAGCACUUCAAGAGCCAAGCGCUGCGAGCGGCAGCCGGCCGGCGCCGGCGGCUCAGCAAGCGGGACACCAUCGCCCUGCCCCAGGAUGCCAGGGGGGGCCGGGAGCGCCGGCGGGCUCCCGGUGUCCUGGUCCGGGAGGAGGAGGAGGAGGCUGGGGAGGGCAUGCGGAGGAGCCCCUGGCUGCGGGUGCUCGGCUUGGGCUUCUCCCGCUUGGACAUCAGUCUCUGCAUCGCCCUCUACUUCCUCUCCUCCAUGUGCCUCCUGGGCAUGUACACCUUCUUCCGCCUCCGCACCCGUGCCCGAAAAGGCCGCCCCGGCUUCCCCGUAGCCUGAGAGCGGUUGUGGGGGGCCGGGGGCUGCCCCCAGGGCAGGUGGGCUGCCCAGCUGGGGCGCCCCUCGGACGGUGUUUCGUCGCCCAGCAGGAAGGGGUUUGGUACAUCCCCCCCCCCACUCACAGCAGCCGCCUCCCCCAGGGUGGGGGGCAGAGGGUGGAGGGCUGUUUUUGGGGGGAAGGAGGUGUUGGAGCAUCCCCCUCUCGGGUCGCAGUGCCAUGUUUUUGGGUGUGUGGGAGCUGGGACACCGACAGCGAUACAUGUCUCAGCACCCAGCUGCCCUUGGGAGCUCCCCAGCACUGGGCUGGUUUCAAACUGGGAAGCCCAGUGCCAUGCUGGGGAGCAGCCUUUUGGGGCUAAACCACUAGUGGGGCCAGGAGGAUGGGGGUCUAGCCUCCCCCAAAAAGCAGGCAUUACUGGGCGUGGGGUGGCAGCUGUGGGUUCAGCUGCAUUUUGUGUGUUCUCCCCCUUUGAGCUGUGGACCAGGCCCCCCGGCCACCUUUCCUUGCCCCCUCCCUGCACUCUUGCUCGCUCUCUGCUUGUCUUAGUUGAAUAAAUUAUUUUUGCCGACGCCG